AUGGCUUCGACCGCAGGCCGCUUAUCAGCGGCAAUUUCAAAGACCUCCGUCCUACGCCCAAAGGGUCCGACCACUCAGGUCAAGUUUGGAGAACAGAAGGUCGAUGUACCUAAAGGCGGUUACUACGACCGUUAUCGCAUGAACCCUAACCUGGACGAGGUAGCCCGCGACCCAGCCGUGGGACCCGACAUCGACUUCUUCCGGAAGAUCCCAAAGAAGCUGGUCGAUUCGAGGGUCGGUCAGAUAUACGCGCCCAACUUCUACUAUCGCACUAGGAGCGUCCAACUUAUCUUACUCGCGCCCCUCGACCGCUUGCAGUCGAAGCUCCCGUCACCCUUGGAGCCCAUCACAGCAUUUCCCGGUUACGGUUUGGUCGCGUUGACGUUUUACUCAUACCUCGUCUGCGACAACGACCCUUAUAACGAAGUCUCGAUCGCCAUUGUCGUGCGACAACCGGGCAAUAAUAGUUACAGCACGACUCAACUGCUCAGCUCCGUAUGGAACCGGACUUUCUACGGACACGUGUUGGCUCUACCCGUCGAUACCGAGAUCGCUCGAGUACGAGGUGUAUACGGAUACCAAUUCCCCAAAUGGCUUGCCAACAUCAGUAUGGAGAUGGACGAUCAUAACAUCAAGGCCGAGCUGACUGCGACCGAUGGGACACCCGAUUUGACGCUGGACGUACCCCUUCCGGCCCUGACGACCAUCCCGUCCGAAUCUUCGAUCACGACUAACAAUGCGAUUAAUAAGAUUGACGGCAAAUGGUACCAGGUGACAGUUCAGACCAAUCCACUCCUAGCGGCACAGUCUAUUCUCCCUGGGAACGUUACGCUCAAUCGGAGUGAAGGUCCAUUGAGUAAACUUCUCAACGAAUUGGGCGUUUCGACUAUCCUACGGAUGGACACCAUCAAGGAUGCGCAGAUGGUCUUGAAUAUGCCUACGCCCUUGAAGGCUUUUGAUAACGUCAAGCUUUGA